AUGCCAAGGGCUAGAGUGCUAGAGGAGGGCCUGAGUGCAGAUCUGAUUCGGGUAAGACCGUCCCGGUCAUCACCCAAGGCUGAUGGAACUAAACAUUGCACCUAUCAUCUGAACAUAGGGCAUAACACCGAGGACUACACGGUGUUGAAGGAUAAGGUGGAGGAACUGAUCCGAGCGGGUCACCUGAAGAAGUUUGUGAAGGAGGAACGGAGGACGAGGAGCCCACCCAGGAGGGCUAGGGUGGAGCGAAGUGAUAGGAGAGAAGACAGGCGCCCCGACCGUAGGCGGAGUAGAAGUCGUAGCCAUGACCGAUCGCUGCAUGGAACGAUAAACACCAUUUCGGGAGGUUUCGCAGGAGGGUCAUCGGCGUCCGCUAGAAAGAGAAACUUGAGGGAGUUAAAAAGCGUCCACAGGGUAGAUGUGAGAAAGCACUCUAUGCCGCCAAUCACGUUUACGGAUGAGGAUUUCCAUACUCCCGAUCCAGAUGAGGAUGACCCGAUGGUAAUAACAACUGUUAUUGCCCGAUACAGCGUUGGAAAGGUGUUGGUGGACCAGGGAAGUUCCAACAGAUGGACAUAUCCGAGGAUCUGA